AUGUUCAUUCUCAACAAUGGAACAUCAGCUCUUUCAUUCAAUCAACCAAAGUUUUGUUCAUCAGCCACUUGGAAUUUCAAUGGAAUUACUUUUGCUAAUGUAUCGACUGCUGGUCAAGAUCCUCGCGCUAUUUUUGUGAAUACAAACAACACAAUCUAUGUCGCUAAUCGAGAAAAUAACACAGUUAUAAUAUGGCAAGAAGAGAGUAUCAAUCCAACAAAGAUCAUUUCGGGUAAUUUUACAUCACCCAAUUCUCUCUUCGUUACAUCGAACGGUGAUAUUUAUAUUGAUGAUGGUGAGAAGAAUGGUAGAGUACAGAAAUGGAGUGUAGAAACAAGUACCUUUGUCACGGUGAUGAAUGUCAAUUCAUCAUGUUCUGGUUUGUUUGUCGAUAUAAAUGAUACUCUUUACUGUUCAAUGUUUCAGCAACAUCAAAUAUUGAAAAGAUCAUUAAAUGAUCCUGUGAUGACUUCAAAUCGUGUUACAGCUGGAACAGGUAUUAAAGGAAUAGCCUCAGAUCAACUCGGAGGUCCUCGUGGAAUCUUUGUGGAUGUGAAUUGGAAUUUAUAUGUCGCAGAUUAUGAAAAUAAUCGAGUUCAGUUGUUCCAGUCGGGAGACUCAGAUGGUAUGACAGUAGCUGGAAGUACAUCACUAAAUCCAACAAUCACACUUAAUCGUCCCAAUGCGGAGAAAUAUUUAUUCAUUUUAGAUACUGGCAAUAAUCGUAUUGUUGGUUCAAGCUUGAAUGGUUUUCGAUGUUUAGUUGGAUGUAAUGGAGAGGGUUCACAAUCAAAUCAAUUGAAUCUUCCAUAUAGUUUUAGUUUCGAUCCUUCUGGAAACAUGUAUGUCACUGACUCAAAUAAUCGUCGAAUUCAAAAAUUUAAAUAUUUAAAAAGAGAUUGUGAUAAAACUUCCUCGAUUCUCCAAAAGAUCUAUUCAUCAUUAUUGACUAACAACAAUCAAAUUUAUUAUCGAGAUUGUCAGAAAGAAAUUUUUUAUUAUGAAUCUAUUCAAGUGCAGGUAAUCGAAAGUGGUUACUACACUUUUCGUGGUAGUGGUGAAAUCGAUCCAUAUGGAUCUAUUUACAAAACGAAAUUUAAUCCACUUGACCCAUCAGAGAAUUUGCUCGAUCAAGAGUAUGGCCAUGGCUCUGAUAUUCACUUUAAACUUGAUAUUCAUCUUAAUGGUGACAUGGCAUAUAUAUUAGUUGUGACAACAUUCGAGUCAAAAGACACUGGAGAAUUUUCGAUUGUUGUGUCGGGUAAAAACAAAGUUAUUCUCGAGCGUCUUAGUACUUCAGUUAAUAUUCAGUUCAGAUAUUCAUCAAAAUUAAUCGAUGAUAGUCCAACAUAUUAUCGAGAUUGUCAAGUACCACAAUGUCAUUAUGAUGCUUUACAAAUUCAUAUUAAUACAACGGGUUUGUAUGUUCUUUGGAGUGAAAAUAAUAUUAAUGCAUAUGGAUAUAUCUACAAAAAUGAUUUCAAUCCUCUAAAACCAUCUGAAAAUCUACUUCUAUCACAUGAUGGUAAAUGUAAUGAUGGAGAGUUCAAAUUAAUCAUCGAUCUCGAGAUCAACACUCGAUACAUAUUAGUUGUGACAACACAAGAUCCUAAGAUAAUUGGAAACUUCUCUGUUGUUAUCUCUGGACCAAACAAUGUCAGUCUUAGUCCUUUCAGCCCAAAAGAAAGUAGUUGUGUGAUCGGUGAUCGAUGUAACUUUUAUAUCAAAGGAAUUGGAUUGACACUCGAUGAUAUUUUACGCGAUAAACUUCAAUCGAAUACAGUGUUGAAUAAUCAAUCAUUUUCGAUCAAAUUAAGUGCGGGUUUAACAAUAAUUAUGUUUGUCGCAGGAUUAAUCAAUAGUAUUCUUUCUUUUAUUACAUUUCAACAUAAAGAUUCUCAACAAGUUGGAUGUGGAAUGUAUCUAUUAGCAUCAUCGAUUACAUCUCUUUUGGCAAUUAGUAUGUUCAUAAUCAAAUUCUGGUUUGUUGUUCUCACUCAUAUCAAUGUAUCCACUAGUCUUUCUGUUCUUCGAGGAGGUUGUGCAUCUAUCGAACCAAUUCUAAAACUUUUUCUCUAUUUGGAUGGUUGGCUAAAUGCUUGUGUAGCAGUUGAAAGAGCACUACUUAUUUUUAAAGGAGUAAAAUUUGAUAAAAAAAAGAGCAGAUCUAUUGCUCGACGAACAAUUCUUAUUUUACCAUUCUGUAUUUUCGGUACUCUUAUUCACGAGCUCGCAUUUCGCAGACUGUUCGUUUAUGAAACAGCACCAGACACGACAAAUACGAAUAAGACUAUUGAAGACACAAACAAUCGAUAUGUAUCAUGUAUCACUCAUUAUUCUCCUUCUAUCCAAGAUUACAAUACAGCCGUUCUAUUUUUUCAUCUUGUUGGUCCAUUUAUUGUUAAUCUUUGCUCUGCAUUGUUCAUCAUCUUUGGAGGUGCUCGACAACGAUCAAUGGCACGAACUAACAAAAGUCUUAAAGAACAUAUUCAAGAACAAUUCAGUGAACAUAAACAAUUGAUCAUUAGCCCAAUACUUUUACUCAUUUUAUCAAUACCUCGUCUCAUCAUUUCAUUACUUCCUGGUUGUGCGAAAACGUCUAAGAACUUGUGGUUGUAUCUUGGAGCAUAUUUCAUUUCUUUUACUCCUUCAAUGCUAAUCUUUCUUAUAUUUGUCUUUCCUUCGAAAUUGUACAUGAAAACGUUUAAACAAUCCUUGAUCCGUAUUCGACGGCGUACUGCUUCUUAA